GUGACGUAUGCGGAAGGAGCGGCGGGGCUCGGCCGUUGGCCGGCGGAGGGCUGCUGUUAACUGCCGUUAACGGGCCGGCCGCCAUGUUGCGUGGGCUGGGCAGCUGGCUGGGGCUGGAGCGGGCGGGAGAGGAGAAGCUGCUGCUGCCGGCCGAGGAGGGCGGCGGUCCCGCUGAGGAGGAGGAGCAGAAGCAGCAGCAGCGGGAGGAGGAGGAGGAGGAUGAAGCCGUGCGGAGCCAGGAGCGGGCGGACUCGGAGGCGCUCCUCAGCCAGGCCAAGGGACUCGGCAGUUACCUCUUCAAUUUUGCCACUGCUGCCACAAAAAAGAUAUCUGAAUCCGUUGCCGAAACAGCACAGACCAUAAAGAAGUCUGUAGAAGAAGGAAAAAUCGACAGUAUCAUUGAUAAGACAAUUAUCGGAGACUUUCAGAAGGAACAAAAGAAGUUUGUCCAAGAACAGCAAACAAAAAAAUCAGAAGCAGCAGUUCCUCCAUGGGUAGACAGCAAUGAAGAAGAGACAAUUCAACAACAAAUACUGGCCUUAUCAGCAGAUAAACGAAACUUUCUAAGGGAUCCUCCAGCAGGUGUUCAGUUUAAUUUUGACUUUGAUCAAAUGUACCCUGUUGCGAUGGUGAUGUUACAAGAAGAUCAACUUCUCAAUAGGAUGAGGUUUGAUCUGGUCCCUAAACAUGUAAAGGAGGAGGUGUUCUGGAGAAAUUAUUUCUACAGAGUGUCCCUAAUUAAACAGUCUGCACAGCUCACCGCACUUGCUGCUCAACAGCAAGCAGUAGGAAAAGAAGAGAACAAAGGCAGAGAAGAAGAUAGUCAACUGACAGAAACAAUACGGCCAAAAACACCACCUGUUACAAUAAAGCCUCAGAUAAAAUCUCAAGAGGAUGAGGAAGAGAUUUCCACAAGUCCAGGUGUAUCAGAAUUUGUGAGUGAUGCCUUUGAUGCCUGUAAUUUGAAUCAGGAAGACCUAAGAAAAGAAAUGGAACAACUGGUGCUAGACAAAAAGAGAGAAGAGACUUCAGUAGUAGAAGAAGAGACUGCUGAUUGGGAAAAAGAAUUGCAACAAGAGCUUCAAGAGUAUGAGGUGGUGACAGAAUCAGAAAAACGUGAUGAAAACUGGGAUAAAGAAAUAGAAGAAAUGCUGCAAGAAGAAAGUUAAGCAUUUUCACAAAAUCACUAUAACCCUAAACUUUUUCUGAAAACUGACAUGGAUUUCUGCUUUCAUGUUUUGUUUCCUAAAGAUCUUCAAAAGACGUAAAAGAAUCUAAAAUUGUUAUAAUUCCAUAUUGGGAUACAACCAGUAUUUCUGUUCUUUAUAUGAGCAAUUUCUGAACUUCUUCAUUCUUUUAAAGAAAAAAAGACAGACGCUGCAGGUUAUAUCUAAUAAUUAAAAAUGGUAACAUAAGUCCAUGAAGCAACAGUUUAGUUUGAGGCAUUCUUAGCUGGUCAAGAAGCUCUGCAAGGAGAUUGCUAAAUCUAAGAAUCUGAAGUUAAGAUUGUCUACAGCCUUCCGUUUGGGAUGUAAAAAUGGAUGUUGUGACUUAGUCCCUGAAAAAAACACUUGCAUUGUGUUUGCACUCUGAUCCCUGUAUAAUCUGUAAAUGUGUAUUAUUUUAAGGUACUUGUGGCUAGUAGCUUUCUUGUGUAUUUAACUUCCUUAACAUAUGUAGCCAAAGAAUGUAUAGAAUACCCUAUCAAAUAACUUAUAAUGUUUAAAAUACUCAUUCAGACUCCAAAAGAAGUACUGGUUUAUUAUUGAUUGGGUAUGAUUAACUGGCAAACAUUUAAACAAGAACAGAGUUCCUGCCUUCUCGAGUUAACCUGUUGUUUUUAUUAAAUCUUCUUAUUAAGAUACUGCCUUUUCCCAUAGAGGAAAACAGUUGAAUGCAUUCUUUAUUUGGAUAAAUGCUAUGUUUCCAUUUAAUUUUGCUGAGUGAGAAGAAAUUAAAUGUUUCUUUUUAAGUGCUGAAACAUUUAUGUAGAACUUUGGCUGGUUUGGACAUCUUUAUUAAAUACUGUAGAUAUGUAUAAAAUUGGCUCAUUUAUUUGGAGGGAGAGCAUGGUGAGGGACAAAAGUUUCAGACUUCAUGCAGUUUUCAAAACUAUUCUUUGUCACAGUGUUUAAGAUGUGGAAUUUAAAUAAAAAGUUUUCUUUAAAGGAUUUUUUAUCCUUA